AUGAAUGUGGAAGACACGCUCUCCGAGGACCCUGUGACGGUGAUAGAUAUUCUGUCGAAUAGCGUGGAGUUCUCGUACUUCCUGAGACAGUUGCAACGGAGCAUGCUGGUUCCUUAUCUCAAUCAACUGAAUAACUUCACAUUGGUGGCGCCAACAAACUCUGCCUUUGCCAGAUCCGCGGAGCAGUUCCAGAGGUACAUCGUCAACAAUACCAGGUCAUUUUCACGACUGAAGGGGGUGCACAUCCUUGAAACCAUGCCGUUGGCUGGUUCGCCAGUGAUGCCUAUCAAGUUCCAAACAGUGGAUGACGAGAACCAUUACAUCAAUGGCAUUGACGUUGUGGAGCUGGAUCUCCACGCUGACGAUCAGGAUGCUUACGUGCAAGGAAUAGACAAAGCCUUGCCCCUGGCACACUGUAUCGACGACGUUGUCUCAAACCUACCCAACAGCUAUAUCUUCAACUCCCUUGCCUCGACUGCCUUCAACUUAUCAGGCAAGACUGUGCUGGUACCCAUUGAUAGUACGUUCAACUUGGAGGAGCACCAGUUAAACUAUCUGUUAUCAUCGUAUGGAGUGGAGGAUAACAGGCGAAUCAUGGGCUCGUUGCUUAUAGAGGGUAUAUAUGGAGGUGAUGGACUGAAUACUACGGUUUUGGAUCACAACGGGUACCCUCUGUCGAUCAGUUCCUCGAAUGAUGGCUCGAAAUUCAUCAUAAACAACACAGUCGCCUCCAUUCAGUCCAAUAUAUUGGCACAGGAUGCACUGGUCCAUGUGUUUGAUUCAAAAGCUGUCGUUCAGGACGUUGAAUGGAACGCUAUGAAGACACUUGUCGGCUUAGAAGCUAUCAGCUUUGUCGAAGAAUUGAUAUUGCAAGACCUUGACGAGCUGAUAACGGAUAACUCAUUGGAGCAGACGAUAUUCUACCCUGUUGACUCGAACCAGGUGUCGAUAGCUUCAAAAUCUUCAAAUCUCUACCAUUUCGUCACGGAAAGGAUACCCUCAAUCCAGGAUAUUACAAAGACAUUGUACAAUACAAGAUUUUGCAAUACAAAGAAGCUGGGAUCCUCUUGUCAGAGGAUCAAAGCUAAGAAGGUUGGUGAGAAUGCGGUGAUGCUGAACGGGAAUGUGCUUAUUGAGAAGGGCCCCUAUACUGUUGGAAAUACAACAAUCUUUUUAACAGAUGAAGACCUGAGAACUCCAAACGACAUCGUCUCAUCGGUUAAUUCGAUAUUACACUGCUCUAAAUCGUUAUCAUUCCUAGAGAGCUUGGGACUACAAAAGUUGGCCAAUAACCACCUUGGUUAUACGUUGUUCCUACCUUGUUUCAACUCCUGGGAAGAUUAUACCCUCACCCUGAACUUUCUGAAGAAGAACAUGACUGCUCUGGAGUUUCUGAUGAGGAACCAUAUGCUAAAUGGGUUGCUCUAUACUGAUUUCACAGAUGAUGAGGUUGAGCUCACCAAUUUGAAUGGUUUGCCUGUGGAUAUCAAAUACGAUGGAGAAGACAGCGACGGCCAGCUUUUGAAGUUGAAAUACAAUGACGAUAACCUGGUGUUGAGAGGUGAGAAGGAUAUCAUCUUCAACCAAGGUGUUAUCCAUCCUUUGAACCAACUAAUCAUUCCAGAGGAACUUGACAUCUCACUGGGAGAUAUACUGAAAUCGUCAGACGCAGACCUCUUCCUACAGUUCAUUUCCCAGUUCCCAGACUUGGAGACGGCACUGUAUCACGAUGAUUACUCGAUCUUGCUACCAUCAACAUCCUCUCUCUCUGAUCUGAGUGGGCUGGACUCAAACACAACCCUGGAGGAAUUCCUGCAACUUCAUAUUAUAUCCCCACAAUCCAUUGAGAACCUCUACAACUGUGACGGCCCAAUCGUCACUCUCAACAAGAGGGCCAACCUAACGUGUAAACAGCUCAGUGGCAUCCAUUCUUUCCUACAAGUCGAUAACGGUGCAGAUAACGGUGUAAGAAUCCUGAACAGAGGCUGUACUUCGACAUUGAAAAGUACAUGUGUCUAUUCCAUCGACAGACCAAUCUCAUUGAAGUGGAUAGACAAUAACGACCAUUUACACAUCUCUUUACCAGGGCUUGCGGUUGGACUGGGUAUCAUUCUCGGAUCAGUUCUCAUGGUUUCGCUGUUGGGAUGUCUAAUGCUUGUCCUCUUCAGCAAAUCGAAGAAGUCCGCAGACACUGAGAGCCAUGGCUCCAGGCCCAACUCAACACAUUCUGAAUGUAAUGAGAACACAGCGUUGUUAUCAGAAUCACAGCCUGAUAAUCAGGUUUAUAACAGUUUUGAGAGCGGGUACUCUUCAAACACUCGAGUUAACCCAAUUACAUUCUCCAAGAAGACGUCACCAGUGAACUAA